UCGUCCGCACAGCUAUUUAAACAUUUUACUCUAAUUUUUGUAAGUCAAUUUAGUGUUGCUUUGUCUACUGGAGCUUUAUGUUUGACAUCACUUUUGAUAUAAUACAUAUGGUCUAGUUCUAUAUCAAAGAAGUGUAAUAUCAGAUAUAAUUGUGAUAACAACCAUGACAUUUUGUAAAGCAAUUUGAGAGAUAAAAAAUAUUUGUAAUUUGAUACGUGACUAGGAAUAAAACUGAGUAGACUACUGUUGUAGCUUCCAAAAGGAUAUAACUAUGUGUAUGUGAUAAAUAUAUUGCAGCGUAUUUUUUUUAAAAAAAUGUGGUUUAAUUGAUUGAUGUCAACUUUUUGACUGAACGAUGGAAGCGCAAAAGGGCAAUGCUCUUGAUAUGGGUGGAGAAAACACUGAUUCCCCUGAUAUUAAGACACACGAAUGUGCUGUUGUCGAGGUGCACGGAAAGUUUCAAAUGUCAGAGAAAAGGAUUUUGAAAAACUUGGUGGUGGUUAGCAUUGCGUUUUUACUUUUGUUUACAGCGUUCCAGUCCUUACAAAAUCUUCAAAGUAGUUUGAACAAGGAGGAAGGUCUUGGUACUAUAAGUUUAUCAGUGAUUUAUGCGGUAGGAAUAAUAGCGGGGAUUUUCUUACCUCCACUUGCGAUAAAUAUUCUAGGAUGUAAGUGGACAAUGGCGGCCAGCAUUAUUUGUUACACUGUCUUCAUUGCAGCCAACCUCUACGCAGUAUGGGCAACGAUGAUACCGGCUUCCAUAAUUAUCGGUACGGGGGCAGCAACACUUUGGGCAGCGAAAUGUACGUACUUGACAAAUAUUGGUUCCUGGUAUGCUGAAAAAACUAAUUCAUCAAAAGAAGGAACUAUAAGCGCAUUCUUUGGAGUUUUCUUCAUGAUUUUUCAAUCAAGUCAGAUCUGGGGAAAUCUGAUUUCUUCCACCGUGUUCAGUCAGAGGAUUCCAGAUAAUUUAAAUAUCUCGGCUGAAGUACUGGCGAAAUGUGGGGCUUCGUACUGUCCCUCUGAUUAUAUUAACAAUACGUACCUCGAUAAACCAGCAAUGUCAAAGGUUUAUACAGUCUGUGGCAUAUACCUCGGCACUGCUUGCUUAGCUAUAUUAACAAUCGCUAUUUUCCUAGACAACAUUCGCCAUGAAACAGACGGACGCGAGAUGAGCACGAAACAACUGCUUGGAGCAAUUGCACGACAUUUCUAUAAUUCUAAGUAUCAAAAGUUACUGAUACCUCUGACCGUAUACAGUGGCAUUGAACAAGCUUUUAUUGCAGGAGACUAUACCAGGUCGUACAUCAGCUGCACUAUCGGUGUAUGGAAUGUCGGAUAUGUGAUGAUAACUUACGGAGUGGCUGAUGCAGCUUGCUCAUUGAUAAUAGGCCGGCUGGUAAAAUACUUCGGAUUCCUACCAUGGUUCAUUCUAGCAUUCAUUUUACACGGCGGUACAAUAAUAACAUUGUUGGUGUGGCAACCAGAUCCUGAACAUCCCGGAAUAUUCUACUUGUUUGCGAUAUUGUGGGGUAUAGGCGACGCUGUGAUACAGACUCUUGUCAACGCUCUGUACGGUCACUUGUUCACACACAAUCCCGAGUCAGCAUUUGCUAGUUAUCGCCUAUGCGAGUCGGCAGGCUUUAUCAUCGCUUUCGGUUACAGCAGCUAUAUUUGUACUUACAUCAAGAUCUACAUCAGUCUUAUCUUUAUUAUAGUCGGAGCAGUAUUGUAUGGUGUUGUGGAAAUGUUACAGAGAAAACAAAAGCGAACUGUAAUUGGCAGUACAAGUUAAUUAGAGGACUCUCCUUGAUGAAACAUAAUGGUAGUUUUCUACUACCAACUUAUUAUUUACAUUGCGGAAGUCAAACAUACAACAUUGAGGGACAAACAUUUUAAAUGA